AUGUCAGUGCUUGUGCGAACGCUGAUGCUGUCCAGGUGGUCUCCUGGAGCCAAUCGAGUGCAGGUGGACGCUGACAUCAAAGUACUAGUCAUGUUGGGAUUUCUUGCGCAUCUCCAGGGUGACUCGAUCAGGAAUAUGUCAUCUCUGUUGAGUCUUACUCCUCAUCAGUCUGCGUCAAAGAUGUCCCUUUAUGUCACAUCAGCCAGCCACUGUCUUCUGAUAGAGAAUGAGGUAUUUGGGCUUACGUCGACUUGGCCUGGCGUAGUCCGAGCAAUGCGGGAGGUAGACCCAGCCAUAGCGGUCUAUCCGGCCGAACAUUUGAAAAGCCCAGCAGCUCAUGCUGAGGUGCAGAAUCGGGGAUUCCUUCCGAGGUGGACAGACGAGACUUGCAGACGUCCGGGUCCUUUGGUUUGGUGGCCUCGGUGUCUCAAGUCUUUUGCCACCAGAAUAUGGAACACGAAAGUCAAUUGCUUCAAGGAUGAUGCUGCCGAAAUCGCAAAGAUCGACGAAGAGAUGGUCAAGAUAGUUGUUGAUGUUGGAGUCUACCUUCCCAGUCACCCAGACGGUAGUGGUAUCGACGUUGAUAGGAAGUCCAGUCGACCGAUUCAAAGCCACUCUAAGGCAUCGGUCAAUAAUGACCCGCUCCUUCCUCAAAAAAAGUAG